AUUAUAUCGACAGUGGUCAGCUGGAGCCAUAUGUAGAAUGUUCCUCGUGCGAGCGAAGCGCUAAAGUCGUCGUCAGAGUGGGUAGUCGCGAACCAAGCCACCGAGCCGUGUGUUGUGUGUACGUACGUACGAUCGAGACGACAAAAAAAUCAACGUGUUGAAUUCAGUUUUUGGGAGAGAACCGUCCGGGUGACAGCCGAAAUUUGAAGGACGCUGAUUGUCCACUGGGAACAGAAAGUUGACGCAACAGGUGAUGUAAACGUGUGCUGUUUUGCAGAAAAAAGAAGGUUUUGCAGAAAUACGAGCAAAAAAUUGACAGCAAGUGUCGAAAGUGUUGAAGCGAAAAUCAACAAGUGGUUUCGAACGGACUUCUGGAGAAAUCCUGCGAAAAUUUCCGACGGUACCAUCUAGCGCGCCUCGUUCGCUGGAGUACCCAGAGAGGAACAGUGCCAAUUUAGCAGGACUUGUUAAUUGUCUGUGAACAAAAGUGAAGAAGGUGUCAAUAGAAGUCGAGACAACCGACUAAUUACCGUACAAAGGACAACAUUGAGAGAAUUUGUGUGAAAAGUGCACGAUCGGAAGAGUUUAACUAGGUCAGCAAAGUUGGAACCGUAGUCUGCGGAAUUAAACGCCAAACCAAGUUCAACCAACUGCGAUCUGCGAUCGUUUUAUCCGCUGUACCAUACCCGUAGUACCCGUACCGACGUUUCUGCGUAGAUGAUACAUGUACUAGAAAGCCAAGCAUCGGUGCGAUAAAAUAAAACCGCAGAUUCCACACGCGCAACCAAGAUCCGCUACCAAAUCAAAAGAUAAAAAUAAUCUCGAAAAGGGGAUCAAAACAUUAGAAGAGAGUCCCAAAAAAAGGAGCUGAUCUGACCGAAGAAGAGCAAACGAAGAGGCGGAAAAUCGUAUCAGACGACGCUGUUGCUGCUGCUGGUGUUUCCUGGUGUGUGCAACUAGAAGCUUGAACCGACCUAUGUCUGCUGGGGAAGAACGAGAGGAACCGCGUGAGUGACCUGAUUGCCUGCCUGCCUGACCGCUGUUGAAGCUGAUGCUGAGUAACCCCUGCACGGAGAAGCUGUUGCUGCUGCUAUCGAGCAGAAGUCGUGUACCGUACGUCGCUUGUUCAUCCAUCUGUCAAAACGUACACAGAGAGUGAGUUCCCAAUCCCAAAAUAUUCCGUUCAGUUUAUUCGGGAUCGCGGAAUUUUACGGGUGCGAAUUUCCUUUUUCGCAAAAAUAUCGGUGUACAGUGAGUGCAAAUUUAAGUGACCUACGACACGGCCCUUCUACGAAAAACUAGCAGCUCAAUUCCUUGGCAAAAUCCGUCGGAAGAUUGCGAGAAGUGCUAACGUUGCGGUACGAAAAGCUCAGCUCUUAAAAAGAAUUUCUACAGUGCGGAAGUGCGGUUUUCUUGUGUUAUUUUAAAAAUUUAAAGUGUGCAACAGCGAAUUAAAGUGGCUUUGUAAGAAGCGCUAGGAAUCCGGUAGACCCGCGAGCGUGAAUCUUCCUUUGAUACCGGUACCAAAAAAAGCCGCAAAAAUUUGGGAAAUAAUGGAUCCCAAUGCAGCGCGUGAUUCGCGCUACAAUCUGAACUACAGUAUGAGUAUGAUGAGUGAAACGCCGGAAAUCUACGGGAAUCCGAACGUUUCACUGGCCCGCCCCCCGAGCGGUGGCCUGGUCGGCCAGGUCAUGUCUCGCGGGGGCGGCCUGAUGAGCUCCGCGAAUGGACCUCAGUGUGGUGCCGGCGGUGGUGCCGGCGGCGGCGGAGGUGGUGGUGGUGGCGGCAGCCUAUCGCGCGGUAUUAAACGGACCAAUUCGGACUGCUACGACGACGGCCGGCAGAUGGUCGGUUCGCAAAAUCUGACCGGCCUCGAGGGGUGCAAUGUCGGUUCCGAUGUUGUGGACGAAAGUUACACCUCGCUGCAGCCGAAGAAGUCACCGCCGAGCAACGGAAAGAAGACAAAGGGCCGUGUCAAGAUUAAGAUGGAAUAUAUCGAUAAUAAGUUGCGACGGUACACGACCUUCUCGAAACGCAAAACCGGAAUCAUGAAAAAGGCCUACGAACUAUCGACGUUAACCGGCACGCAGGUGAUGCUGCUGGUGGCCUCCGAGACCGGUCACGUGUACACGUUCGCGACGCGCAAACUGCAACCGAUGAUCACGUCGGAAGCGGGCAAAGCGCUCAUUCAGACCUGUCUGAACUCGCCGGAUCCGCCGACCGGGUCGACCGGCGAUCAGCGGAUGUCUGCCACCGGGUUCGAGGAAACCGAACUCAGCUACAACAUAGGCGACGAAGAUUCGAAAGACGAUCGUUCCCCGAUGUCGUCCGGUAGCGAUACCGAUGAUUAUUCGCCUCCAGACUCACCUGGACCUAGCUGUAGUAAUAGUAACAUAAAUACUGAUCCAAUCAAUAAUAGUAAUAACCACAGUGUUAGUAUAGCGCCGCUAACGUCGUCUUCUAGUACGUCAACUUCAACUUCGGCAACGGCAGCAGCUGGCACUGGCAAUGGCAACGGAGGUAGCAACAACACCAACAACAGCACCAAUAUCGCACUGUCCACCAUCCAGCAGCAAAUCAAACAACAGCAGCAGGCUCUACAACAGCAGAUUCAACAACAUCACCAACAACAACAACAACAACAGCUAUCAUCAUCUUUAUCUUCAUCACCAUCAUCAUCCUCAGCUCAACAACAUCAUCAACAACAGCAACAACAACAACAACAAUCCCAAAUGUCCAACAAUGUUAUCUACCCAGCAACGGCCUUAGCUAACCUACCUCAGGAUGUGCUGGUGAGCCUGCUGCAAUCUGGUCAGAUUCAGCUGCACAAUGAAGAUGGCGCCCAACAGUACAUAACCAUCCCACUUUCGCUGAUGUCCCUAAUUCAGUCGCCUGAUACAAAAAAUGCCAAUAGUGCCAAUGCCAAAAAUGCCAAACAAUCGAACUCCACACCUAGCCGAUUACAACCGUCAUCAUCAUCGUCGCCAUCGCCGUCGUCAUCAACUGCGAUCGCGUCGACCAGACGGAAACAUCCUCCGCCGGGAUCCGCGUCCAAAGAAAUCAACAUUAAAACGGAAGUCAAUGAUUAAAGCUGCAGUUAUUUCAAAUGACACUGCUUUUGUUAAAUGUAACUUGGCCUUUAUUUUCCUGUUUCCUUUUUUUUCUACCAUAACAUAAGGGAUACGAACUGAAUUUGGAAACAAUUUUUAACUACUUAAAAAAAAGAUUUAUCACAAAACUGCCGAACAGCAUUGAUGAUGAUGAUUCUAAUCGCAUAACUAACUUACCGCUAAUCCCUAUACGAACAUGAGCGUAUCAACAAUCCCAAAAUGAAGCCCGGGAAAUAUAUUUUAAGCUAACAAUUACGUUUAAUAUGGAUUAUACAGCUUAUUUUUCUGUUCUAACAAAUAACGUAUUUUAUUUAUUUCAACAUCAAAUACAAAUAGAGUUACAAUUUACGUACAUUAACGUAACAGUUUGAAAAGCGAUACAUUUAUUCGAUUAACCAUGUUCGAUGAUAUUAAAAAAUCUAAAACACGCAUCAAUCAACAACGAGAGACGAGUGCAGCUUUUGUAAGGUGCGAUUUUGCCGCUGUUGUCAGUUUGAAGUUGACCCCCUUCUAGAUUAAGGCUGUUUUUUUUUUCUCUAUUAUAACACCCCUCGAUUGGCUGCACUUGAAGUUUAACCGAAGCGCGUAGCGAACGAGGGGUUGUUUGAUUCUUUAUUUUUAGCUAAUUCGCUGCAAUCUACAAAACAUAUGUACGUCUAGAGCUAGAGUUUAAGUGAUGAUGGGUGACACCAAUUCCACGUAGCGGCAUUAGUUUUUUCUUUCUCUGUUUCUAUUCUGUUACGAUGGACCAUACACUUUCUUGCCUUCCAGUUUUAUGCUCCAUUGAAGUGGCCAGAAUGUGCUGCGGAAAACAUUUAGCAUAAUUUAUCUUGUAUUUGUAGUUUAUUGUAACAACAUUGAAAGGCGUUCUCAAUAAAGUUUAUUA